AGGUGGCUCAGCUAGCAAGGAGAACUGGGCAGAGGUGACCACCAAAGCGGUUGCUAAAGUUGCCCAAGUUGUAUGAUCAUUGCCUGAUUUGGCUAAAGCAGCUCUACCCACUGUGUCUAUCAGUUUUUCAUGGGCAAAGGGAAAAGCAUGGAACAAGGAGAGUCUGACCCGGAAAGUAGUAGUCCUGAGGAACUGGAUGAUGUCUCAGACACUGACUUCAAGCUCUACCUGAGGGUCACAAAGAGAAAAUUGGACACAGCAUUGGAAACAGCAUCUCCCAAAAGACUUCGUCAGAGAACAGUGAUUCAUUCCACCACCAGCUCCAGUACUACCGAGCCUGGCACAUCUGGAGCCCCUCCCACGCCUGCAGCUGAAACAGGAAAGAAAUAUAGAGGGAAGAGGAGUGAAAGCGAAAGGAACCAGUCUACUGUAAGGCACAUGUAUGAGGCUGUGAUUUCUGGCCGCAGCGCAAUAGUGACAGUGGUUGAUGAUUGGCUUGAUGAUUAUAAGCAGGACCGGGAGGAGGGACUUCGUGAACUCUUUAAUUUUGUAGUUCAGUGCUGUGGCUGCAAAGGUUUGGUGACAAGGGAGAUGUUUGCUACGAUGCAAAAUGCUGACAUCAUUGGUCACCUGACUAAAGAGUUUAAUGAGGACUCUGGAAGUUACCCUGUGGUGGCAGGCGGUUCACUGGGUCGGCGGUUUCGUGAAGGGUUGUGUGAAUUUGUGUCUUUGUUGGUGCAGCGCUGCCAGAACAGCCUCUUGUACGAUGAAUUUCUGUUUUCUGCUUUGGUUGCGUUCCUCACUGGUCUGGCAGAUUCACAGGUCCGAGCUUUCAGACACACCAGCACACUCAUUGCAAUGCAUCUGAUGUCCGCUGUAGUAGAGGUGGCUGCAGUGGUGUAUGGACAGAUAGAGGUGACGCAGAGACGUUUUCAGCUGGAGAAAAGCAAGAGUGCUCAACAAAGGGCCCCAGAGAGGCUGGAGGAGCUGCAGAAUUCAUGCAAUGAGCUUCUGGAGCAUCAGGAAGAGCUGCGUUCUCUGACAAAUGCAAUCUUUAAGGGAGUGUUUGUGCAUCGCUAUAGAGACAAAGUUCCAGAGAUUCGUGCCAUCUGUAUGGCAGAGAUGAGAGAGUGGCUGAAAGAAUAUCCUGCUGCCUUCCUUAAUGAUGGAUACCUCAAGUACCUGGGCUGGAUGUUACAUGACAAGCAAGCCAGCGUUCGCAUGCAGUCUGUGUUGUCCCUGCAGAAGCUGUAUGAGGAGCAAGACUUUAUUGGACGUCUGGAGCUCUUCACCAGCCGCUUUAAGGAGAGAUUGUUGAACAUGGUGCUGGACAAAGAUUCUGAUGUGGCUGAGGAGACUGUCAGACUGUUGCUGCUCAUCAAACAGAAAAUGGAGGAUGUUCUGACUGAUGAGGAGUGCAAUCGUGUAUAUCCGCUGGUGUUUGCUGCACACAGAGGACUGGCCUCUGUAGCUGGAGAGUUCCUUUAUCAUAUGCUGUGUACAGAGGUGGGACCCUUACCAGGAGUGGAACAAGAAAAACGCAAUGUCACUUUCCUCAGCCUGCUUACAUCCUUCUUUAUUCAAAGCAAGUAUCAUGAGCAUGCUGCAUACCUGGUGGACAGCCUUUGGGCUGUGGCAGGCACAGAGCUGAGAGACUGGGAGACGAUGACAUCACUCUUGCUGCAAGAGAGAGGAGAGGGGCAAGGUCUGGAGGAUGAUGAAGAGGCUGCUCUGAUUGAACUCAUGAUAUGUGCAGUCAGACAGGCGGCAGAAGCCACACCACCUAGGUCACGUGCACUUGGGAAGAAGAAUUUAGGAAUUAAAAGCAGGAAGCUCCAAGUUCAAGAGAGAAGACGCAUCACCCACCAUUUUAUACCCCUGCUGCCACAAUUACUUGCCAAGUACUCUGCAGAUGUUGAAAAAGUAACCUGUCUGCUGAAAGCACCGCUUUAUUUUGACCUUGAAGCCUAUGGCAGUACAGGUCGCCUAGAGAAGUAUUUAGAGCUGCUGUUGGCUCAGGUGUGUGAGGUCGUCGAAAAACAUCACAAGGAGCAUGUGCUGGAGGCGUGUGUACAAGUUCUGUAUGCAUUGUGUUCUGAUCAGUACACCUUCUCUGCCCGUGCUGAGAUAUCUGUCAGCCAGCUGCUGGACACAACGCUUGAGAAAUUUACUGCACACUUCUCAGACAUAUUACAGGGUGCAGCGGAUGAGGAUGAUGCGUAUAGUGCUGCAACUUCCCUGAAGAGGCUGGCGGUCUUCAGCAGAGCCAGAGAUAUAACUGCACUGAAUCUAUUUGAACCGUGUUUGUCACUGCUGAAGGCUGGAGUGGAAUUUGACAGGGAAAUUGACGAAGAGUUAAUGGUCCCAGCACUGAAGUGCGCUGCUUUCCAUCUGCUCUGGGGAAAAGUGAAAAUUUCACAUGUAGCUGCUCAAACAGACAAGGCUGAGUUAAAGAAGCUACAGAAAAUGGUUCGCUCCUUCUGUCUUGUUUGUCAGAGUUGCCUCCCUCUGGAUCAGAGUCACAUCAGAGACCAAGCAUUUGAGUGUUUGUGUGAUGUGUUGGUGGUGUUCGGGCAGCAGACUGAGAGAGCAGAGCCUCAGAGUGCGAGUUUUUCUCCAGAUGAGACACUGAAAGCUGAGAUGGCAUCCUUCCUGCUGGACUACAUAUUUACAGACCCUGAUGAUAAUGCAGAAGAAGAGGAUGAGGAGGAGAUAAUGAAGUUAGGUACUCUUAGGCGUAGACGGAACCAACUGGCAGGAUACUGCAAACUCAUUAUAUUUGGUGUGUUCAACUUCAGGGCAGCUACUGACAUCUUCAAAUACUACAGCAAGUUCUACAGAGAUUAUGGUGACAUAAUAAAGGAAACACUGAGCAAAUCCAAGAUCAUGAGUGCGGUGGAGAGUGCCAGGACCGUCUGCCUCAGCCUUCAACAGUUGUUUUCUUCAUUAAGAGACGAGGAGCAGAAUGAAGAGAUGAAAGAAAUUAAAGAUCUGGCCAAGAGACUUGCCAUGAGCUUUGGUAUCAACCUACAGCACAUCCGCAAACCUCUCUUGGCUUUGCACCAGGAUGGAAUUCAGUUUGCUCUGCGGGGUGCCGAUGAAGGUGACCAUUCUAAUCUGAGAUUUCUGGAGAUCCUCAGUGAAUUUAGCUUCAAACUUGUACAGCAGGACCGCACCCAGCUGCUGAGUUACCUACAGCAUAUGUGUGGCAACAUAAGCAGCAGUUGUGUGCAUAUGUACAAGCGUUCCCUGCGUUUGGGAUCCAGAGAGAUGGCAACUCUCUCCCCUUAUGUCUCGCCUGCCAAGAAACGGCGCCGUAUGGAAGGGUCAGCCAGCAGUUUGGGUGCUCCUGCCCUCACUUCCACUGUUCAGUCCAACAGAGCUGCGGACAUGCAGCGGGCCCCUCACUCUCCAGGCUCUUUCAGUGAGAUCAGCUCAGGGCAGCUAUCAGGGGACGAUUUCAUGGAAAGGCCUGUGCAGAGGAAGACAUUGAAACGCAGGAGAGAGCAGCACAGUCCAUCUGAACACAGUGACAUACAGUCACAACUCAACAUGCUUUCCCUGAUUGAAGAGGACUUUGAGGAGGAAGAGGAGCCAGUUAUGGAGGGUUAUGAUGAUGAAGACUCAGACUUUGAAGUGGCUGUAUCUCUGCCAUCCACACGCCACUCCACCAGCUUUCUGGAAGAUCUUUUUGAAUGAGCCCUGAGGAUUCUGCAGAAAUGAUCUCAACAUGCUGAAAAUUAUUUGAAUGCUGUAAUUUUGUUUUUCUUGUUAAAAUAUAUGGUAGUUCAUGAAUGUUUAAUUUCAGCAAAUUGUUCCUCCAAGCUGUCCAUCCAGAUCUGUUUUAGGGUUAUUAAGAGUUAAAGCUAAACUAUGAGUAUUUCCCAGUUCUGAAAAUACAAAUUUAAGAACACAAGCUGCCUAAAGCAUAAGCAGAAUAUUUGUUUUGUAACAAGAUUACGGUUUGGUUUGUUUUCUG